GCGGAGGAGCGAGCGGUCCUCUCCUGUCCUUCCCUUCGGCGGGGUACUCUAAACUUAGCCGGCCGAACUCGCGUAGUCUCGCGGCGGUCUCAGUGCGGAACCACCAUCCUCUCGAGCCACUUUCACCUCGUCACGACGCGUGCGGAUCCGCUUCUCGGCUUACGUUAGGGUAGUUAAUCGAGAGUAGCUGCUCGACGAUCCUCGUGGUUGCCACAUCGUCCUGAAGGAGAAGCUGAAAGGAGGAACAGAGGGAGAACAAGGAAGAGCAAAAGAGAAUCGAUCGGUGCAGGGUGUUCAAGGAGUACCUCGGAGGGAUGGCCUACAGCUGGGACAAUCGGGUCGAUUUCAUUACACGGACAACAAUGGCAUGGUGGAGAAACACGAUUUCGAGUGCAUGGCGCUCAAGAUGACCCUGAUCGAGGGCAAGGGGGAGUUCAGCUACAACCGGUACCAGGAGAACCUCCACAUCAUGCUGUCCUUGUGGGACGAGAUCGCAGAACUCGCUGACUUUAACAAGGACGGUAUAGUGACCAUCCAAGAGUUCAAAGACGCCGUGCAGAGGAGCUGCGUGGGACGACAAUACAGGGACUUCCCACAGGCAAUGAAGAUGUUCAUCGACAGCCACUUCAAACUGGUGGAUAUGAACGACGACGGAGUGAUCGCUGCGGACGAGUUCCGGUACAACUGCGUCACCAGGAUCCCCGUGGACAACGUGAACCUUCUGGACGAAUGUUACCAGCACUUGCUCAACGACGACGACAGGAGGCGCGGUGGCCUGACCCUGUCCCGCUACCAAGAACUGUACGCGCAAUUCCUGGGUAAUCCUGACGAGAACUGCCCCGCUGUCCACCUGUUCGGCCCCCUGCACGUGAUGGGUUGACGGGAAGCGACGUUUCCCCCGGGCGAGAAUCCCUCGUGUGCAUGUACAAAAAGACAACUCUCCUAUUUAAUAUAAUUGUUAUUUAAUAUCUGUAAGACGCCGCAAUAAAUCGCAUAUUUUAUCGUACAAGGGGACCUUA